AUGAAGAUGGGACAAAAACACGUUGCAUUGUUGUUGAUGUGGCUUGCGGUGGGUGUAUGUGAUGAUGAGGAAAUGACUUUGGAGGAAAAACGAGAAGACUGCAACAGUUAUUGCUACCGUGCUUGCAUGUUCCCCGCAGCAUUCUGCAAAUGGUGGUGUGGUGGCCGCUGCAGAAACCCAAUAUUUUGGGACGAACGCUUAGAUGAUGAUGAUGCAUCAAAAAUGUACCUUGUACCAACAGAAGAAAAUUACAAAGCUUAUAGCUCUGCAAAUCCUCCAUCAUCAAGUUCGAAUAUUGAGAUUUCCGUUGCUGUGAGUUUGAGUUUGGUUGGUGGCAAUAGCAGUCGUUGCUGGUGGCCAUGGUCUAGGGCACCGUGGUGGCCCAUCAGGGUUACAGGGUGCACCUUUCUGCAUGCUACAGAUACAUUGAUCAUAUGGAAAUGCUGCACUUGCAGGAAGACAGUACGCGUGGACUUCACCUAUGCCCCGAUAACAAGGAACACACGUUUCGGUGCAUUGUUUCAAAUCAGGACAACCACCUCCUACUACGCUUAG